CCUCAGAUGGAUGUCUUUAAUCUCAUGAGUAAAAUGGGGUUGUCUAAAUGACCCAUGCUCAAUUUUAGGUUAUAUCACCCAUUACCUUGUUGUACCAGUUAUAAUCUGACACGUGUCAUCUUAUUAUCCACAUCACUUCUAAUAUUUUAUUUUCGUAAUAUAUAUUUUAUUAUUUAAUUUAAUUGCACAAUAAUCCCUACCAAUUUAUUUAAUAGCUUAGUAAUCCUUCUAUUUUAAAUAUAUCCCCAUUCCCUGUUCACGUUCUUCUCUGGUUCGUUCUUCCUUUCCUUUCGCCGGCGGCAACAACAACCUAGCGUGGUGCGGUGGUGGAUCUCCGGCAGUCUAGCCCGCUUCUCCAACCAGCAUGCUGAUUUCGUUUUCCUCUUCUCCUUAUGUCCUUGUUGAUUUGUAUGGAUUCGAGCAGCACGGCCGAUAGGUGGGAAUCCCGCAACAAUGUGCUUGAUUCUGAAGGCUUUAAAGUCAGAAUGAAACACAUGGAAAGCGAGUCUUCCUAUACGUGCAAGGAAUUGCUUGAUCAAAGCCAUGAAACUUUCAGGUCUUCUCACGACAAGAGGGAGAGUAUGUCUGAUAGAUCUCGGUAUGUACAGGAUAGGGUGGAUUAUGGUGACCAUCACCAUCUUGCCAAUGACCUGUCUGAAGGUGAGAAUGAAUUCAAUUAGACUUCAUUUGCAAAAGUCUCUGAUGAUGUGAUGUUUGAUAGGUCUCUUGCUGAAGCAACAGAGAAGCAAAAGAGUUUGUCAAGGGUAGAUAUGAUGAAAAGCAAGCUGAAAUCCUGUUAUGCAGGUCUGCAAACUUACUAUCCAAAGCUGUGGACUUGAAACCAAUGAGUUUAUUGGCAGUGGGAUAGUUAGGGAACACUUAUCUUCUACAUGGAGAAUUAAAUUUGAACAUUAGCCGUGAACUUAGAACUCUUAUUUCAGGAAGAAUCCAAUCAUCAUCUAGCAAACAUAGUAGAAUACUGAAUGAUCUGCCAAAUAAUAUUACCCAGUGAAGAAGAAGUUACACAAUUGUUUAUUGAUGUGUGUGAAGAGUGUGAAGAGCUACUAGUGGAGGCAGGUAGAAAGUGUAGGUUGGCAUUGUCAAUUGAUGCAAAUGAUGUGAGAGCCCUCUAUAACGGGAGCCUUGCUCUCUCUUUCCGUGGCCAAUUGAUAGCGGAUAUUGGGCCGGGUGCAUCUUUUGAGGCUGAAAUAGUAUUCUUGGCUGCAAUUGAUAAGUUUGAUGCUAUGCUGGUGAAAGGCAAAGUUUAUGCACCGGAUGUUGAGAAGAUUCAUUUCCCUUCAAAUUCACAUGCCCUGAUGAUGUUAAAUAUCAACCUCUGGUGUAUUUCCCUUCAAAUUCAGUACACUCCCUAGCGAUGUAAUUUGUUGCCGCCCUGUAUCUCCUAUUUGACUGGUGCGAUCUAUUCUUUUUUCUGUACUGUGCACUCAGCCUGCAUAGGCGCUGGUUUAGUGGUGUGGGCUGUGGAAUUUUUGUAGGCGAGUAUUCCGCUUGACCGGGGAAAUUGGAAAGGAAUCCUGGAUAGAAUAGUGGUCUAUUGCAGUGAUGAGUUGCCCCUAAUCUGUUUAUCCCAUUGAGUUCUCUGUGUGUGCUGAUAUGCAUCUUGUUGAGUUACAUGUUCAAAAUUUAUUAAUCUUGGCUCCUUCGUUAGCAUCACUGAUCCAGGUGGCAGAUUUGAUGAAGGUAGCUUAUGAUUGUGCUGCAUAGUGGCUAUUGGUCUUGGUUGUUGGAGGAUUGUGGCUACCUGUUUUAUCUCUGAUAGCUAAUAAAAUCCACAAAAGUCAACAAGGAUUUGUAUGCUGCGUGGAUCUGCCUUGUUGGCUUUAAGGAGCAUUUGAAUUACUGAAUGAUAUUUUAGUGCUCUCUUUGAUGGGGAUGGAGGGAUGGUUAGGUUCAUCUUGUAGCAGCUAAGGUUGUUCUUAGGCAUGUCUUGUAUUUUAUCUUUAUCUUUUUAAAGUUUAAACUAUCUAUUUGUAUUGGGUUGAAAUACCCCUUGUACUUCUCAUUCAAUACAUUGUUUUGCUUAUAAAAAAAAACCUCUGGUUUAUUUAGUUUUCUCUGUAA